GAAUCGCGGCAUUACGUGCCACCGAGUAACGGAGCGCGGACGCGGAAUAGAGCGUAUCGCGUGUCGUCUCCGUGUUUCUCGUCCACGCGAACGUCGAGGCAUAUCGAGAAUCGAGACGCUGGAAACGGCGAAGAAAAGCGGCAGUCGCGUGUCGACCGGCGGACAGGACGGUUCAGAUCGAGCGCGAGCGGACUGUUCGCUCUCUCGACGCAACACGCACGUUCGCCCUCCGGAGGACCGAUGACUGAAAAGAUCCGCGAGGACGGUCGACGCGUGCACGUUUCGACACCCGGAACCCCUACGAACUUCCGACCCGCCGCCGUCGAUUCUAGCAAAAUCGCAAACGAUUUCGCGAUGUCGCAAAGGACGUAAAGUCGCUCGGCGGCGCGGAAGAGGACCGAUCGCGACUCGCCGAUCGAGGAUGUUGACCUGGUAGCGGGUGUCGAUCGACGGGAAAAUCGCUCGCUCGCGAGAAUCCAACGGCUGACGCGCUGUCACAGCUGUCGGCGAGCGUUAACGUUCGAUCGACAAACGUUUUUUUCGUCCUUGCCGUCGUCGUCGUCGUCGUGGUAGUCAUUCAGCAGUGAUUCAGUGAAUGGACUUUAUGAGUGACCGUUAUCGAAGCUCGGCAGCAUUCGCGCCGAAAGACACGUGAUUGUGGCCGUCGAUGACGAUAGACCGUCCUCCGAUGGAUCGUCCUCGCACGUGACCAUCACCACCGCCGCAAUCUCACCGUGGGAUAUCGCGUCCGAUAUCGCGUACCACCGACAAAUAACGUCUCAUCGUGGAAAAGGCUGGAUUUCGAAAGGAGCGGCAGGAUGCCGAAGGAGAACAUGUGGCGGCAAAGGAGAGUGCCCGUUCCCAAGAGGACGAUCGAGCUGAUUGCUUUAGUAGCGAUAUCCAGUACACUUUUUCUCUUUCUACACACGAGAGAUCUACAUUCACGUCUGAAAAAAAUGGAAGUACGUCUUCAACCGGGGGAGGAUGAUGUGCUCUCGGCAAAUCAGCUCUCGUCAGACGGUAUCCAAACGGAUUCUGAUCCAAACGGUAUUGUCCAUUAUCCAAAUGUACAACGUAUUCUCGUGGAGAAGUACGAUGAUCGGGAAGCACUCGACAUCGAUGCCCUCAACAACACGAAGAGGGCCGCCCGUAAAGUGCUCUUCUUCAAUCGCGUGCCGAAAGUUGGUUCGCAGACCUUUAUGGAGCUGUUGAGAAGGCUGUCGAUAAGGAACGCAUUUUCAUUCAACAGGGACCGCGUGCAGCGAGUCGAAACCAUACGUCUCGCGCCGAUCGAGCAGCUACAUCUCGCCAGGAUGGUCAGCAGUUAUUCGGAACCGUCUGUUUACGUGAAGCACGUCUGCUUUACUAACUUCACAGAAUUCCACCUACCAGAGCCGAUUUAUAUCAACAUAGUACGCGAUCCCGUGGAGAGGGUCAUAUCCUGGUAUUAUUACGUAAGAGCACCGUGGUACUACGUGGAGAGGAAACAGAUCUUCCCGGAUCUACCGUUGCCCGAUCCUAAUUGGCUUAAAAAGGACUUUGAGUCGUGUGUAUUGAAGGGUGAUCGAGAGUGCAGAUAUUUGCAGGGUGAGAUUCACGAGGGCAUCGGCGAUCAUCGCAGGCAAACUCUUUUCUUUUGCGGACACAGCGAGAAGUGCACACCUUUCAAUACCGUUGGUGCCCUGGAGCGAGCCAAGUUGGCGGUGGAAAAACAUUACGCGGUAGUUGGCGUCUUGGAAGACAUAAAUACAACUCUCACGGUACUGGAAAACUAUAUACCACAAUUUUUUCGGGGAGCUACCGAUGUUUACUAUGAUCAAGUAAAUUCCUUUACGAGAAUCAAUCGAAACUUCUUUAAACCGCCAGUCAGCGAAGAAGUGAAGAAUUUGGUACGCAACAACUUUACUCGCGAGGUCGAAUUCUACCAAUUCUGCAAGCAGCGACUUUACAGACAAUACAGAGCUCUCAAAUUACGGUCGAAUGUUCCGUAAUUCGCAAUCGUAAUGUUCUUUGAAAAGGACAUCUUUUAUCUGUUGUCGUGCGAAGACAAUUAUUAAACUUAGUGAAAGACAUUACAAAGAAAAAAUACAUAAUAAAAAAGAAAUACCUUUCACUGCAGUCGCAUUCAAUAAUUUUAAUGAUAGAUUCGAUAAAAAUUUACAACAGAAGAAUAAAUUGCUUUGAGUAACAGUAAUUUAACAUAGUACAAACAUUUAAUCAAAUAUUAAAUAAUGCAAAGGAAAAUUAAUUAUUUUAUAUUAUUUAUUGAUAAUAGAAAAAUUUAUAAUAUUUUUUGGACUAAUAUCAAAUGAAUAUAGCAGACUGUGCUACAUUUGUUCAGUCACAAUUGAUAUGAAAAUUUUAAUAAUGGCUACUUGCUGAAAUCAGAAGUUUGUAGCAUUUUAUUGAAGACUCGUUUACAAUAAUGAUUUCACAAGUUAAAGACAAAGAAGAAAAUAUGUAUCUGUUUCCUUCGCAGUGAUCCUAUUUGGUUGAAUAGUUUAGGGAAACCUGACAAAAUAUUCUCGUAACAUUAUCGAAUUUUCGAUUAUAAUGAUUCCAUGACAUCAAAGAUAAAAAGAGGAUAAAUCAGUUCUUCGUGUGACUCACUGUGAUGAUUUAGUUCCAUGCAUUUAAGAAAACCUUGAGAAAUUUAUUGUGAGAAAAAGAUUCUUAUGAUAUCAUCAAAUCUUCAAGCAUAACGACAUCUCGUGACAUAAAAGACAAAAAAGUCGAUUGAAAGUCAUAUGAUGAUCCGAGUUUGACGUAUUUAGCAAAAAUCUUGAUAGGCUUAUGAUGAGUCUAAUGAGAGAAUUCCAUAGAAAUGCAAUUAAAAUAAUUAUUAAAGAAACAAUAAUUUGCGUGCAUUUAGCGAAAUGUUUGUGGAGUUUCGAAAGUUGCGGUAAAUAAUGUACCGUUUUAUAUGAAGCUUGCUAUGACGUGGAUGCAUCGCGCAAUCCAGAAAUAGAGACACUCCCGUUAAGUGCCGAAUGAUCACUUGCGAUCAGACGUCGUGUCGCUAUUUUUUUUCUUUUUUUUUUAACAGACGUCACCACACGACACAAAUGCAAGUUUCAGGCACAUUUAUCACUGUAGGAGUAUUUCGCGUUAAUUAAUAGCGUUCACAAUGAUUUUUCUCGCUGGCGACGUAUGAAAGACGUAAAGACUGAUAAAGCAAUGAUAUUUUUUUAUCGCGGAAUGUUUACAAUCAUAAAGAGAAAUGUACAGGGUAAUGAUUAGAAUAUAUCGCUUUGUAAGAGAAAAAUACGUUUGUACUCUCAUCGAUUUACGAUUAUUUGAAAUAAAAUGCUGCCAUUUGAAAAGCAA